UUACCCGAAGAACUCCAAAUCAAGAUUUUUGGGGCUCUUCCAAUCCAAGAUCUUGUACAGGCAACAACAGUGUGCCAUGCAUGGAGAAGACUGGCUUACGAUGGUAGUCUGUGGACAAGUAUUGACGUUACAAUAUUCUCCAACAUCAUUCCAGAAGACCAACUGGUGCAGCUUGCAGUCAAUGCAGGCACCUUUCUCAAAUCCAUUAACCUUCGUGGCUGUUCUCAUUUAAAUGGCUAUGGACUGCGAUCGCUGGCGGUGGCAUGUCCAAACAUUCAAGUAGUUUACCUCAAGGACUGUCGAGGUCUAUCGACCGCAAGCAUAGGAUUCUUUCUUCAACUCAUCCCGUCCGUGUGUGUAUUAGAUUUGAGUGGAUUAGAUAGCGUGAGCGAUGGAAUACUCCAGACCAUCGGGUCACACCUACCCACCCUCGAAAAACUCAAUCUGGCAUGGUGCCGGAAGAUCAGCGGAAAGGGCAUUCCUGCACUGGCCGAGGGCUGCACAAUGCUUAGGCACCUCAAACUUAACGGAUGCACUAAUCUGGACGAGCGGGCAAUGCACAGUCUUGGAGAAUUACCAAACCUCACGCACCUUUGCCUGACCUCUUGUGUCAGCCUAAACGACACCUUGCUCCUAAAGUUCCUCAGCCGCUCAACUGCUCCUCUGACUCGCCUCAAACUCUCCAGAUGUGCUCUGCUGUCCGAUAUCUCCCUUCGCAAUCUCGCCUUGCACUCCACAAAACUCACCCAUCUUGAACUCGCCGGCUGCAUUCUUCUGACCGACCAAGGCUUCUCCUUUUUGGCCCCACGGAUCACCGGACUUGUCCACCUUGACCUCGAAGAACUCCUACACAUCACUGCUCUGACUGUCAAGUCUCUGGCAAAUCACCAGCCGAACCUCAGGCAUCUCUGUCUCUCAAACUGCACCCAGAUCGGAGACGACGCAAUCACCCAUCUCGUACUUCAUGGCAUCUGCCACAACCUCAGUCACUUAGAACUCGCCAACUGCAUCGUCACCGACACCACUCUC